AUGUGGGUUGAGUGUAUACUCCCCUCUGUGAAGGUGUUUUGCCAAGCAAUCGUGUCCGGCCUUCAUUGUGUGGACUGUCCGAUACGUAGUCUAAACUCAGCAACGGCUUCGAUUCUCGCCAGCCGGUCGGCUAUGUCGGAGAGUGCCACUGUCCACUGUUUCUCUGUUGUUCGAGCUUUGAGUUCGUUGAACCUUGAGGUCUGGAAAGCCGGGUAUGUCGGAGAGUGCCACUGUCCACUAUUUCUCCUCUAUGUCGGAGAGUGCCACUGUCCACUGUUUCUCCUUGGGGCUAUAUCGGAGAGUGCCACUGUCCACUGUUUCUCCUUUGCUAUAUCGAAGAGUGCCACUGUCCACUGUUUCUGA